CUAGCUAGUUCUAGCCCAAACUUCGCGUCUUCCGAUGGCAUCUUCCCUCGGCCGCAUCGGUCAACCAUAAUCUUGCUCGAAACCAGUCCUAUUGGCGCAAAAAACACAUCAAAACGCCAUAAAAAUCUUCCGAAAACAAAACCGCUUCCCCUCCUAUCAAACCACCACCGCCACUCCAAUCUCCUCUUCUCCCUAUGACCCUAUGAUUUUGUAUAAAUAAGCGAGGCAGGCGAUCCCUGGCCCGGAGGGGAGGCGGAGGCAGCAGCAACUACUACCACCAGUAGUAAUCUAAUCCCCUCUUCUCCCGCUUGGCCUCUUCUCCCGCAGUGCCGUCUGCAGCGGCCUCCAAAGCAUCGCAUCCAACGACCAACCCGCUUCCAACAGACAAGGUAGGGAUGGGGGGAGUGCAUCGGCCAAAGGAGGAGGAGGAGGAGAACGGGAGGAAGCCGGCGCCGGUGGUCCUCCUCAGGCUGUUCGGCGUGGAUGUCGUCGUCAACGAGGAGCCGGAUGACAACGACAUCGGGCUCAGGAAGAGUUCGAGCAUGCCCAACCUCGCCAACCCGCUCCUGCCGCACGGGGAGGCCGGCGAGCGCAAGGGGUACGCCUCCGAUGAUCUCGAGCUGGCCUCCAGGCACCAGAAGCGCCGCCGCCGCAAGGCCCAGGAGAGGAAGAAAGGGAUUCCGUGGACCGAGGAGGAGCACAGGAAGUUCCUGGACGGCCUGAGGCAGCUGGGCAAGGGGUACUGGAGGGGCAUCUCCAAGAGCUUCGUGAUCACCAGGACGGCGACGCAGGUGGCCAGCCACGCCCAGAAGUACUUCCUCCGCCAGACCAACCCCGGCAAGAAGAAGCGCCGGGCCAGCCUCUUCGACGUCGGCAUCGCCGACUUCCGUGACCAUCAGGUGCCGCCAAGCCCUCCAAACAGUGCCACUAAGCCUGCUCCUGCUCAGGAGAUAAUUCAUACCGACCGCGGCGAUGUCCCGCUACCAAGCUGUAGGGGCUUUGGAGAGAUUUUAGGCAAUAACAUUCAGGUUAGCGAACUGACUAAUUACUUCAUGACAACAAUGGGUCACGUCGAGACGUCGCUCGCGUCCAUGUCCUCCGGCCUGGAACCAGCCUCGUCCGUCAGCAGCCUAGAGCUCAGCAUCGCCGUCAACAAUCUGGAGCUCAGCAUCGCGCCUCCUGCUCGCUGCGGCUGCGGUGGCGCUGCCGGGGCAAUCAAAGUGCUGUGACUCGAGACGCGCCGGGGCUGCUUGGGCUCAGCUGCCGCGAUCUCUGUUUCAGCUGCACACAGGCACCUCCUGCCUGUUCGAUCUUGCUGUUGUUGUUGUUGUUGUCGUCUUUGUUGUGCUAAUAACUUGGUGUUCUUCGCCGAUGGCGUGCCGGUUUUCUUUAGUUUCAUGUAAUCCUAGUACUACUACAGGAAGGAAGUUUGUGCUGGUUGGUUGGUAGAAGCUGUUGAACAGAAAUCAGAUUUUACUAUUUGUUGCAUGGCA